UUGAAGUGAGUUAGAGCUUCCUCUGUGGGAUUCUUCCCCUUGUCCUGACGUCAGCUGGAUGUGGGGAUUUUUAUUCCCCAUCCCAGCCUCAAAGUGACUCAUUCACGGAUCAGCGCCACAGCAGCAACUCAAAGCUGGUGUGCAUGCAUCUGAACACCUGAACACCAAAUCAAAAUGCUGCCCGGCGCUCUCCCCCAGCAGUGAUGCCCGCCGUCGGCCCCCCCGCACCCUUCCUCUGCGCGCUGCUCUACGCGGCGGUGGCCCUGCAGCGCUCCGACCCGCGGCUGGCCUACGUGACCCCCGGCGGCGUCUUCUACUACUCCUGCAGCCAGGACCCGCAGCCCUGCAGCGUCUCCUCGCUCUCGGACUGCAGAUGCAAAGACGCGCACCACCCGCAGCCCCACCCGCCGCCCGCCUCCGGGACGAGGCCCCUGACCGUGUGGUUCACGUCGCCGCUGAACGCCGCGCGUCUGCUCAACAACUCCGAGGUGACGCACCUCACCCUGAUCCGCUGCGGCGCCGGAGGGCCGGGGACGGCCUCCUCCUCCUCCUCCCCGGGGGGGCAUUUCGCCGUGAGGCACCUAGAGAGGCUGACGGUGGUGGACGUGGACAAGACGCCGGUUCCCCACUGUCCAGCGGAGGCGAACGGGGCCUGGGACGCGCGCUCCAACAGCGGCGCCGACAGAGACAACGGCGUUCGCCCGGACACGAGUAAAUACAAAAAGGACAAAGGCGCGAACCCGGACGCGGCGGCGAAGAAGGAGUCUGUGACUCUGUCCUCGCUCCAGUGCCAAGACAUCUUCCUGGGAAGGGAGCUGGGAGCGACCAGGCUGGGAAUCAUCCACAGCUCCGUGCUGGAGUGGGGGGCGGAGGUCAAGGCCUACACCGUGCAGACGCGCAUAGACGAUCGCGGCGCGCUGCCGUUCCCCGAUCUCCACCUGGCGAAGUUACCGGAGGCGUCCGUCAUAUACGUCAGCUUCGUGUACUGAGGAGCGGAGGAGCCGCAAACAUCUUAAAGAUUCAAACCCCGCGGUUUUCCCAGGCGGCCUAAAAAUUUUGCACAGCUGUUCAUCGGAAUGAAAGAAUAUGAGCUAAUCUGUGUCCGAGGGAGCAGAAGAGCCUGCCAUCCCUCUCCAGAUGACCCUUUGUUUUUCCACCAUGAAGUGCAUCCCACUGAAGCUCUGAUUCCCACUGGAUGUAGAGCUGGGUUUUUUUCGGAUUUUUCUAAGACGUUUUAUUUGUAGGUCAGAAUGUCCUGAUUAGAGGGAGGACAUUGAGCUAUUUUGAACUUUGUGCAACAUCAAUUUCACCAAACCCCGCUCUGGCAUUUCCACAGCUGACCUAUGACCUUCUGUGGGAGAAAGAAUGGAGGGACGUUCUCCCUCUGGAAUCAAUGAAUCAUUCUAAAUGUGGAACGCAUGGUUGGUUCCAGGAUUCAACCACGAGGUGGCAGCAGAUACAUUUGAGUGGAAGAGGAAGACGCAAAUUGAAGCGUUCAAGGAGGACCAAGCCGGCCGAUGGCAGGAGGAAACACGUUUUUAUUUCUUCUUUGUUUUCUUAAAGAAUCCAAACUUACACAUUUACAAAUGUGUCAUGACGUGUCUCAGCACUUUACAAGCCUGUGGGGAAUAUUGUUUUUUUAAAAGACAGCAAGGCUAUAAUAUUGAUAAAUUAUGGCAUGAUAUUUAUUUGAAAUCAGUAAUGUCAUCACCAUUGAACAGAAAUACAUGAUUUACUCGUCGCCGUUCACUGAUACUGAAACCACGUCUUGUGAUGCAUUGUUAUAAUCUGAUCUAAUAAUAAUCUUGUUUUAAA